AUGCCAACACAGAGUAAGAAAUCGCUUACCGUGACACCUACUGACAGACCAGCUAAACCCAAGAAGAAAAAGAAAAAAGAUUCGGGGAGAUAUAGUAGAAGUGAUACAUUUAAAACCCUUGCAUCGGGCGCUGAUAGCUCGAGUGAAGGUUUGUGUUGUCAAAGUUGUUUGUUUAUUCUUAUGCGAAAUAAAAGUUCAUUCAAGUUGAAUGUUGUCUCUUAAAGAGAUGCGCAAUUUUUAGGCAUUACGUUAUUAACUUCAUACUGUGAACAAUUUAAACAACUUUUUGUUUCUUACUGCAGGAACUCAACGGAAGUCUAGAGCUAAAUCACGAACCGAAAAGGACGAUGUGAAAAAGCCAGCUGAAGAUUUGAGCUUUAAAUCUCGAUCUUCAAGCGCACUAAACACUUCCUCGAGUAGCUGGCGACUAAGCAGCUCGGAUGGCCGGAGUACAAGUAGCAGCGGGGAAAACUUCGGUGCUACAGCUUGUACAAAUUUAUCGUCUUCGGAAGAAAGUCACGUGCGAGAAAGGGUGGACGAUCUAAAACAGUCGACGAGUUUGACACGAAUAAACGAGUCUUUACGAUGGGAUUACACGCAAUGCGAAGAUCCAGGAGAAGAAGAAGAAAGAUUACGGAUUUAUAAGUUACAUAGGAGAAAGCGAUACAUGGAUUUCUUGCAUAAGAGAACCGGAGGAGAACAACAAAGUAGUUUCUAUGCAUAAUUUGGUUUACUUAGUAACUGAAAGCUAUUUAUAGCAGCCUGCUUACACGUACAUUUGCUGUUAACAGUGGAACACACAAGCUUCAUUAUGAUUUCCUUUCUUAAAGGAAGAGGAAAUACUGUUCUUCAAGCGUCUUUGGGUUUUAGAGUUUAUUGAAGUAUUGUCAACAUAAAGAGAUGUUUUUGAAAAUAAGAUGUUGUUUUUCAGGAACGUGAGAUGGUCACUUUGACCCUUGAACCAUAACUUAAGAUUGUCGUUUUUAAGUGUAAAAGUAAUGUUGUGACGCACGAACGACAACAACUUCUCCAAAAAUCGUUUGACAACCGAUUCACUUUUCAAUGAGUUAUUUCGCUUGCAGACUUAAGUGGUGGUGGAGUUGAAAGAGGGAUUAACUACACCUCAAAAUGGAUAAUUAACAGAUCACAGACGUCUAUUGAUUACAUUUUAAUUAUUUAUUGAUGCCUGCUUGUGCGACAAGUUACUGUACAUAACAUCUUUUGUAUAAAAUAUCUUGUAAAUAUGUGAAUAGCAUUGCCUUAAUUCUAGGAGAGAAUUUUAGUGACUUAAUGAAAGUUUAGAUAACAACUGAGAAGAACUAUUCUUUUAGGCACUCAGGCCGUGCUGUAAACGAGUGAUUUGAAUAA